AUGUUCGCAGCAAUUUUCGGCCAUUAUAACGUUGAAAAUGGAGUAAGACCUUUCCGCUCGGGCCCAGGCCUCGAGCCUCCACCCCAGCGCCAGCUGCCCACCAUGAGCGCUGCUGCCCUCAGGGAGGGACAAGGCGCGCACCUUCAAGCGCCAGCGGCAGGAACAGACUCGGGGAAGGGCGGCAAGUCCCCUCAGAGCGGCGUCGCGCUCGAGGGAGCCCCACAACCGCUGUCUGAAAAUGUCGUUGAUCGCAUGAAGGAACCUUCUUCACCUAGUGGAAGACCGCAAUCUCAGCACAGAUCGGCAUCUGGUGCAGUUAAUGAUGAAGAACUAAAGAAAAGAAUAGCUGAAGAAUUGGCGCUAGAUCGAGCCAGGAGAGAGACUGAAGCUCAAAAGAGAAGAUUGAGACAAGAGCAAACGUAUGUGCGUGAUGAGUUUGGCAAACUUCUGGAACGAGAAAGGAUCGCUUCGAAUGAACAUUUGACUCGAGCCAUUCUUAGAGAGCGAGCUGCCACGGAAGAGGAGCGUCAGAAGGCACAGCGUUUUGAGAUAGAACAAAAGGCCAAGCAGCUGGAAGAGAAAGACAGAGAACUGAAGAAACAUGAUGCUUACUACAAGGAGCAGCUGGCUCGACUGGAAGAAAGGAGCGCGCAGUUCUACAAAGUUACCACAGAGCAAUACCAAAAAGCCGCCGAUGAAGUGGCAGCUCGGUUCAAGCAGGAACUUAAAAGGCCGUUUUCAGUUGUUGACAAACGCUAUAAAAGUAUGAAGUUCUUAGCUCUAAGGGUGAAGAAUGAACUGCCAAUUGCCUCGACGGGUUAG